AUGUCCGACCUGCUGGUUUGCCGUUCCGGACUCAGAGACCUGCUGUGCAAGGAGGCCAAUCUGCGCCACACCUGGACCAACCUAGUCGAAGGAGGAAAUCUGCAUAAUGGGGUCAUGAUUGCAAUCAAGAGUGUUGAUCGGAGGCGUUCAGAUGGAGUACUUAAAGCAAAGAAUCCUCAUCUCAAUAAAGCAAGCCAUAACUGUGCGAUCAAGUUCCCACAAGUACUUACCAUGGGCAGAGAAGAAAGCCCCCCCGUGCAGCCUCCAUCGCUUUCGUUCUCUGUCAUCCCAACUGACCAUAAGUUCGACCAUGUUGAUGUGCCUCAUGAAAACGAAUGGUACCGCAAUUUCAAUCCACAGUAUGAAGUCCUCGAGCAGCCUUUGCAUACGCGGAAGCCACUACAUAUCAUCGUCGUUGGAGCCGGGGCUUCUGGCCUCAACAUCGCUUUCAAAGCUGCCAAACAACUGGUCAACGUCACAUUCUCCGUGUACGAGAAGAACGAAGACGUAGGUGGCACGUGGCUGGAGAAUAGAUAUCCUGGCUGCCAAUGCGAUAUUCCAUCGCAUGCAUAUCAAUGGUCAUUUGCUCGGUCGAGCGAGUGGGCUUCGUAUUACGCUGGCAGUGAAGAGAUCUGGGGUUACCUGAAGAAGUGGGCAACUGAGACUGGGCUUUGCGAAAAGGUCAAGUUAGGUCAUCGCGUGACCAGCGCGGCAUGGAACGAACAGAAAGGCAUAUGGUUGGUCGAAGGUGUCGACGGAAAGGGCGUGCGUUUUGAAGAGGAAGGUGCAAUCCUUGCUAGUUGCCACGGUGUCCUGAAUACUUGGAAGUAUCCAAACAUACCCGGGAUUGACACUUUCCGAGGUAAACUGAUGCACAGCGCAAAAUGGGAUGGCAACUACGAUCUUACUGGCAAGACUGUCGCUGUUGUAGGGGGUGGCUCCUCGGCCGUGCAAAUCAUUCCAGCCAUACAGCCGAAGGUCAAAAAGCUCCUGCCAUUCCUUCGAUCACCAGUGUGGAUAACAUCAGGCUUUGGUGCGAAGUAUGCGGCACCUGGAGGUGGUAAUUUCCGCUAUUCACAAGGCGAGAAAGACACAUUUGCAACAGAUGGCGAACACCUAGAUCAAUACUGUCGUGAUGUGGAGGGUGAGCUGAACAAACGUUUUGCCCUGAUGCACUUGCACAGUACUGAUCAACAACAAUCGAGGCAAUGGGUUGCUGAGUCUAUGCGGAAGCAGCUGGUAACGAGGCCAGAUCUGGCAGACCACAUGGUGCCACAUUUUGCACUAGGUUGUCGUCGCAUGACGCCAGGAUCUGAUUACCUGAGCUCUUUAUGUCGAGAGAAUGUCCAGGUCGUAAAGGACUCCGUUGUCCGCGUCACAGAGGAUGGUGUUGUCGACGGUAGCAGUACGGAAUACAAGGUCGAUGUUCUAAUAUUUGCCACGGGCUUCGACAAUUCGAAGCCUCCUUACGAAAUCAUCGGCCGUGACGACAGAAGACUUGCCAAAGAAUGGUCGGAAAGCCCACACGGGUACCUGAGUAUCAUGGCCGAAGGGUUUCCGAAUAUGUUCUACUUCAUAGGACCCAACGGGCCGGCAUCGCACGGCUCUCUUUUGCCUAUUAUCGAAUGGCACACACGGUGGAUGUUCCAGGUCAUCGCACAUAUGCAACGGACAUCCAUCAAGUCGCUUGCGCCAUCGUCCAGAGCGACUGAAGAUUUAUACAUCCACACGCAUCAGCUGUUGAAACGCACUGCCUGGUCCUCAGCGUGUAGUAGCUGGUUCAAGGGAGGGAAACUGCAUGGACCUGUGACAGCUAUAUGGCCUGGAAGUCGUCUGCACUACUUUGAAAUGCUGAAGGAACCAAGAUUCGAAGAUUUUGACAUCCAGUAUGAGGGCAACAAUCGAUAUGCCUACCUUGGCAACGGCUUCACUGAGACCGAACUGGAUCCUGAGGGAAACGCUGUCUGGUAUUUCGACAUCUUAGGAAAGGAGCUGGGUCUGGGACAGCAGGCCUUUGCGGCUGUAUCCUGA